AUAAUACCUUCUCUUCCCAAUGGAUAUGGCAAUACUGUCCAUUCUCCCCUACCUAAUUUCCUCAACAUAUCUGAAUCUGAUUUUUAUCAAUUAAACCCCCCAAAACUAUGCCCAAGGAGGCUCUACAAUCCAGAGCUUGAUCACCAUGAACUCACCUUUCAAUAUCUCCGCAUCCCUUUUGUUUGUUUGCAUUUUAAUUUGCUUCCUUAUCCUCAGAAUCAAAGCAACCCCAAAUUACCUAUACAUUCUUUGCCGAAACACAACAACUUACACUCCCAACAGCACAUACCAAACCAACCUCAACACCCUUUUCUCUUCCCUCUCCUCCAAUUCCAACUCCAUCAAUGGCUUCUCCAACUCCACCGCCGGACUCAACCCCCCCAACAUAGUCUACGGCCUCUUCCUCUGUCGUGGCGAUGUUUCCACCGCCGUCUGUCAAGAUUGUGUAACGACUUCAACCAAAGAAGUAGUACAAAGGUGUCCCAAUUCGAAAGUUGUCACGAUUUGGUACGAUGAGUGCAUGUUGCGAUACUCGAACCAGACCAUCUUCUCUAUUGCCGAUGAGUCGAUUGCAGCAAUUUUGAGCAAUACACAGAACGUAACGAACAUAACCCGUUUCACAGGAGUGUUGGGAGGUGUAAUGGAUGAUAUAGCCACACGGGCUUCGAAUGGUGGGUCGGCUAAGAAGUUCGCGACAAGUCAAGCUAAUUAUUCAUCUCUUCAAACGUUGUAUGGAUUAGCGCAGUGCACGCCGGACUUGACUGAUUUGGAUUGCAACAAAUGUCUUCGAGAUGGUAUCUCGAAUUUUCCGAGUUGCUGUGAUGGAAAUCAGGGUGCCAGGGUUCUGUUUCCGAGUUGUAAUGUUAGGUAUGAGUUAUACCCUUUCUACAACGUGACCGCCACUGCACCGCCACCGCCUCCACCUCCACCUCCACCUCCUCCUCCACCUGCUGCUGCAAGCAGUCCAGGAAAGGGAGGAAUGUCAACUCAAGUACUCGCUGCCAUCGUUGUUUCAAUUGGGGGCUCUGUUUUACUUGUCAUUUUAGGAUCCUGUCUCAUAUGUAGGAAAAGGAAGAAGAAAUAUGAUGUUGUUGAAUCAGAUAUGACUGGGAAUGAAAUCUCAGCAGUACAGUCCUUGCAAUUUGAUUUGGCUACAAUUCAAGUCGCCACGAACAACUUCUCUGAUGAUAACAAAAUUGGUGAAGGUGGAUUUGGAUCCGUCUUCAAGGGUAUAAUUUCCAAUGGACAAGAAAUCGCUGUGAAGAGGCUAUCUCAAGACUCAGGACAAGGUGCAGAAGAGUUCAAGAAUGAGGUUGUGUUGGUAGCCAAGCUUCAACAUAGAAAUCUAGUGAGGUUACUCGGAUUUUGCUUGGAAGGAGAAGAGAAGAUACUCAUUUAUGAAUUUGUGCCCAACAAAAGCCUGGAUUACUUUCUAUUUGAUCCACAAGAGCAAGAAAAGUUGGAUUGGUCAAAACGUUACAAGAUUAUAGGAGGGAUAGCUCGAGGGAUGCUUUAUCUUCAUGAAGAUUCUCGACUUAGAAUUAUACACCGGGAUCUCAAAGUUAGCAAUGUUCUGUUAGAUGGGGAUAUGAACGCAAAAAUUUCAGAUUUUGGCAUGGCUAGGAUCUUUGGUGUGGAUCAAACUCAAGGAAAUACAAACCGAGUUGUUGGAACAUAUGGUUAUAUGUCUCCAGAGUAUGCAAUGCAUGGACAAUUCUCGGUAAAGUUUGAUGUGUUUAGCUUUGGUGUCUUAGUUUUGGAGAUUAUAAGUGGCAAGAAAAAUAAUACAUUUUACCAAUCAGAAUGUGCAGAGGACCUUCUAAGCUAUGCUUGGAAACUCUGGAGGGAGGAAAGACCGUUGGAAUUAAUGGAUUCUACUUUGGAAGGGUCAUAUUCAAGGAAUGAAGUCAUUAGAUGCAUUCAUAUUGGCUUAUUGUGCGUCCAAGAAGAUCCAGAUGCUAGACCUUCUAUGGCAACGGUUGUUAUAAUGCUUAACAGUUACUCUGUUACUCUAUCAAUUCCUCAACAACCUGCAUUCUUUGCUCAUAGUAGAACAGAGUCAAAAACAGGACAAGGCUUAGAAUCGGAUCAAUCUACAAGCAAGUCAAUAUCAUGGUCUGUGAAUGAAACAUCAAUUACUAAAUUAUAUCCUAGAUAAUGUGAAAUUUAGGCCAUAUCAAGAUUCAAUAAUAACUCUAUAUUGUGAAAUGAAUAAACUCAAACUCAAAUACAAAAGAUAUAUUUCAAUAUUUGUAAGAUUCAGAACACUUAAAAAUGUAAUUAGAAAUUAAAUAUGUAAUAGUGUGUUUGAUAAUUCAUUCCCUUCAAGUAUGUCA